AUGGUGCAGUCGAUCAAAUCAGCCGCUAGCACGAUAGCCCAUGAUCUCGUCACCUUCUACUCCGGUAACAAUUCUGGUGAUGUACCAGGAAAUCUGCCAGAUCCAUACUAUUGGUGGGAGGCGGGCGCAUUCUUUGGCUCACUCGUGAAUUACUGGGCAUUAACUGGAGAUACUACCUACAACGACAUCACCGUCCAGGCGAUUGAGCAUCAAGCCGGGGAAAAUGGCGAUUUCAUGCCAAAGAAUCAGACCUAUACGGAGGGCAAUGAUGAUCAAUGCUUUUGGGCACUUACUGCGAUGGCGGCCGCGGAACGAAACUUUACCAAUCCCUCUCCUGACACUCCAGGCUACCUCGCCAUGGUUCAGGCUGUUUUCAACGAACAAACCCACCGGUGGGAUAUGACCGCCUGUGAAGGUGGCCUACGUUGGCAGAUAUACACUUGGAAUAAUGGAUAUGGCUAUAAAAACACGAUUUCAAAUGGCUGCUUUUUUGACAUUGCUGCUCGAUUGGCUCGGUAUACGGGGAAUGCGACCUAUGCCGAAUGGGCCACCAAAACAUGGGAUUGGUCCAGAGCCGUGGGAUUGAUCAGGAACGACUGGCAAGUCUACGAUGGUACUACACAUGAGACAAACUGUACAUCAUAUGAUCGAACAAGGUGGUCCUACACGGCUGGUAUUCACCUGCAUGGAGCUGCUGUAAUGUAUAACUAUACCUCUGAGCUCUUAUCGAAAUCAUUGGAGUCCACCAAUUCAUCCCAGUCCUCCAACUCUUCCGCUGUUUGGAAAUUACGAUUGGAUGGUCUCUUGGAUGCUGCCGAUCACUUCUUCUCUAAGAAUGAGUCCAGCAAGAAUGUCAUGUGCAACGUCGAUCAGCUCUCCUUCAAGGCUUAUAUGUCUCGUUGGAUGGCGGAUGUCACCCAACUAGCUCCCCAUACCUACGACAUGAUCAUGAACAAACUCCGAGUCACAGCGAAGGCCGCCGUCGCCCAAUGCCAAGGUGGAGACUCUGGAACAUACUGUGGCUUCCGCUGGGCCAGUGGUAGUUAUGAUGGAACAACAGGCGUAGGUCAGCAAAUGGGUACACUAGACGUCUUGCAAAGUCUUCUCGUCGCUGAAAUUGACGGACCGGUAACCUCCACCACUGGAGGAUCAAGUGAAGGCAAUAGUGGUGCCGGGACCGAGUCGGAUGAUACAAAGGAAGAGAUUCAGUGGGACCACAUCACGAAUGGGGAUAGGGCCGGGGCAGCAAUUCUUACCGCAGCUGUGAUAGGAUUGAUUGGCAUGGCGAUUUAUACCAUGUUGUCUUGA